UUUGCAUAACAUAGAGCCGCCCUCCCCAACAGAACGCGCCGCUGUAAAGCAGCCAUUAACGGCGAACAGAGGUUUUGUCUCCGGUGAACCAGUGAAGCUUCAAGCUCCGACACGAACCAGCCAGCGAGCUCGAAGCUCGCGCAACCGAUAACAACCAAAUUUCACCAGUGAACCAGCGACACCAACUCCGGCAAAACAGUUUUCAGCUGAAAAAAGUGAGCUUGACAAUGGAAGAAGAUAAGGGGUUGAAGAAAGAGAAGAAAAACAUCCCUGUAUUGCCAUGGAUGAGAAACCCAGUUGAUAUUACUACCUUUGAUCAAUGCUCUCUGGAUCUUUUGCCUUUUAUUGAUCUCAGGUUAGUGGUGGCUUUGAAGAAUAUGAGCAUCACUUCACUCUUUCCCGUGCAACUUGCUGUCUGGCAAGAGACGAUUGGACCUGGCUCUUUUGAACGAGACCUUUGUAUAAAUUCACCUACAGGGAGCGGGAAAACUCUUGCUUAUGCCUUACCAAUUGUUCAGAUGCUGUCUACACGUUCUGUUAAAUGUCUUCGUGCACUAGUGGUCUUGCCUACUAGAGACCUUGCAUUGCAGGUCAAAGAGGUCUUCUCUGCUCUUGCACCUGCAGUAGGUCUGUCUGUCGGCUUGGCAGUAGGUCAGUCAUCAAUUUCAGAUGAAAUCUCCGAGCUCAUCAAGAAACCCAAUGUUGAGUAUGGCAUAUGUUAUGAUCCUGAAGAAUUCUCAUACGAGUUACAAAGUGCAGUAGACAUAUUAGUGGCAACUCCUGGAAGACUGAUGGACCACAUCAAUAACACUGAUGGUUUUACGCUUGAGCAUCUAUCUUAUCUUGUUGUUGAUGAAACUGAUAGGUUAUUAAGGGAAGCUUAUCAGUCCUGGCUUCCUACUGUCAUUCAGUUGACCAGCUCUUCUGUUGAUGGGAACUUCCCUUCUGCUGCUGAUCUUCUUCCUUGCACUUAUGGUUCAUUGAAGACAAUCAGAAGAAUGGGCACCGAAAGAGGGUUCAAGGGAAAAGCCUAUCCAAGGCUGGCAAAGAUGGUUUUAUCAGCCACACUAACACAAGACCCAAGUAAACUUGCUCAGCUUGAUUUGCAUCAUCCUCUUCUUUUGACGACUGGAGAAAGACGUUACAAGCUUCCUGAAGAACUCAAAUCAUUUAAAGUGCUAUGUCAAUCGAAGCUUAAGCCACUUUAUCUAGUUUCCCUUCUUCAAAGUCUGCAAGGGGAGAAAUCAAUUGUUUUCACAUCAUCUGUGGAGUCCACUCAUAGAUUAUGCACCUUGCUCAAGUUUUUUGACAAUUUGCAAAUUGAGUUCAAGGAGUAUUCUCGUCUUCAACGGCAAUCUGUAAGAAGCAAGACGUUGAGGGCUUUCCGGUCAGGGCAAGUGCAAGUGCUUAUUUCCUCUGAUGCUAUGACUCGUGGAAUGGAUGUUGAAGGAGUGAGAAAUGUCAUAAACUAUGAUAUGCCUGCAUAUAUAAAAACAUUUAUUCAUCGGGCAGGCAGAACUGCAAGAGCGGGCCUAAGUGGAUGUUGCUUUAUGUUAAUGCAUAAAGAUGAGAUCAAGCGCUUCAAGAAGAUGCUACAAAAAGCUGACUGUAACUCUUGCCCUACCUAUUCUGCUUCUUCUGAAGUGAUAGAGUCACUUCGCUCUGUGUACACCUCAGCUUUGGAGAAACUUAGAGAGAAUGUUGAAUCAGAAAAGUUUAAGAAAAGCAAGAUUAGGUUGAAAUCUUCAAAUGUGAGAAAGGAGAAGUGAAAAGCUGUCCAUGGUGAUAACUUCCAUUUUCCUAGGCAGUGUAGUCCUCUGUUGCAACCAGUUUAUGAUAUCAUGGUGAGUCGCUACAUUUUGAUAUUAUUGUGUUAUUUUCAUUUUUAUGUCAUUAUGUUUCUUGCUGCUUGCCUAUAGAUUGUUAGCAUUGUUCUUGGUUCUCUAGUUGAUGCCACACAAAAGAGUACAGAAAAAAGUGUUCCAAUGUUGUUUCUCCUGACAGUGAUCUGGAUGAAUCGUGCAGUCGGUGGAGGGUCAAAAAGACUAAUCCUGUUUGCGGGAUUGUGAAAGCUGGACUUUCCAUGAAGGUUCAUUGCCAAAAUUUGAGUCUCUUACGCUAUAACGAGAGAAAAAAUAUCAUGUAUAUAAGCAUCCAGGGACGUCGAUGGAGACGCCUUUUAUUUGGAUGGUAUGAAAAUAUUGAAUGGCUGGGAUUCUUCAUUGCUGGUGAAAAUUGAAAAAACUGGAGAUUCUCAUCUUGAACUAUGAUUAUAAUGGCAGUCGUUAACUUAAAAAAUGACAUACACCAGUUUUUGUUAUUUGCUGGAGAUCUUUCAUACUUCAAUUUUAUUUAUUUAUGUUGUAUAUGGGUGAUUCCUCGGGAA